AUGACACAAGACGAUGUUCGAAAUCUUCCAAUCGAUAUCACCUUCUCCCGUCUCGGUGGUAAUGCAGAAUCUCAAUUACACUUAAUUUUUAGAAUUCCGGCGGAUUGGAGGAAGAAAGUGGCUGCGAUCAGAGUCAAAAUCUUGAAAGAGUUCUCGUCUUUGCCUAAAGAGAUCGAUCCGUACUUUCAAACCUUAGAUCCUGAAGUGAUUGGUUACUUGGAGGUCAAAAAGAUAUACGAGAUUCUCCUGAAGACAACUCCGGAAAGCCGGAAUAUCUUUGGUCGGCUAUCGGGUGCUUCUGGUGUUUGGGAAGCAAUUGUUCGUGCGUUUGAAAAAGAUCACAUUUAUCUCGGGGAGGCAGCUCAGAUAAUAAUUCAGAAUGUCAAUUACGAAAUCCCAUACCUGAAAAAACAAGUGCAAAAGGUUCAGCAACAAAUGACGGAACUUGAUCGUAAAGAAGCCGAUAUCAAAAGGAGCGUUGCACUCUCAGCAACCAAAUACGAGGAAGCUUGCCGAGAGCUUGGAUUGCAGGGAAAUAAUGUGAGGCGUGAACUUUUGGAAACUGCGAAUUCGCUUCCUAGUACCUUUGCCAAGAUUUUGGAAGUUAUCAACAGUGACUCAGUAUCAGGGGCAAUGGAGUACUACUCUGCCUACGUUAAAGAGGUUCAUACUGAGAAAGAUCCUGCAAGGGUUGUCCUAGAGAACUUGAAAGACAUUCGUGAACAUCCUCCAUCAUUAAGUGUAUUGGGGGCAUCUGAAGCUCUUGAUGCCGAUAAUAUUCAGUCAUCUGAGAAUGCAAAUGGUACAGAUGCGGCUACAGACAGUAUUGAUUGGGAUAUUACACUUGAUACUGCUGAGAUAGAUUGGGAUGUUAGCAUGGUAGAAGAGGUUGAUAGUGGAAAUGAUCUAGGUUCGUAUGAAAUUGUCAAUGCAAGUGAUAUUCCUGAGAAUGCUCCAUUUAAAGUGGAAGAAAGCCAAGGCCAUGAGGUUGCUGUUUCUGAGAUUUCUUGGGAUGUAAGUGUUGAAACACCUCAGGUAGAAGAAAUAGCAGAUUCAGGUUUGCUAGAAUCAGGCUUGGAGGAUCAGACACAGUUGACAGAUUCCACAACUCAAGUCUUAGGGAGUGGAGGAGAGAGGAGCCAGUUAUUGGAGACAGAAUAUAGGAAUAAGAUCCUUGAUGAUUUGUAUGAGGUCAAGGCAUUUUUGAACCAGCGUUUGAUAGAACUGAGAAAUGAAGAUACUCUGUCCUUGCAACACCAUGUGCAAGCAGUUGUCCCUUUGGUUCUUCAGCAGUAUUCUCCUGAAACCAUUGAGCCAAUGGUGGUUGAUAUUUCCAUGGCCAUUGCAUUGCUAACAAGCAAGAAAUCUCGGGAUCUGAUCAUGAUUCUCAACUCUAAAAGAUUCCUAGAUAGGCUCGUUUCAGAGCUGGAAGAGAAGAAGCACCGUGAAGUGAAGUUUAGAGAAAGCUUAAAAGACGUGGCUAGAAGACGCAUGGAACUUCAGAAUUCACUUUCUUCUAUAUGGCCAAAACAGGAAGCUGCCCUUGUGAAAACAAGAGCUCUAAAGGAGCUAUGCGAGACAAGUCUCUCUUCCAUAUUUGACGGAAGACCUGUGAAUAUAAGAGGAGAGAUCAAUACUUUGUUGAACGCUGGGGUUUCUGCUUAG